AUGGUAUUGGUUUAUGCCUUCGUUGGAGGUGAGCUGGCUCUUUUUUUCUGGCUGGGCACCGCGGCCAGAGGUGCUUGUGGCCCGAUGGCUGCGAAGCUUGCGGGCAAUUUCUUGGGCAAGACCCUGAAGCUUCAAGCAGAGUAUGGCCUACUCUUCCUGAUGAUCGGCGCUGUCGUCGAUGGACUGACCACUGGUGCGCAAGGCGAUCAUCUGCUUCGCUGGACCAUGCUCGGUUUCGACAUCGGCACGGCCGCUCACAUGCUCGCAAUCUGGAGGUCCCCACAAGCAAUGGCCGAGCAGCUAUGCCAGCAAGUAGCCGCGGAUGUCUCGGGAGCGGUGCGGGCAACUUUGACCCAGCACGUGCAGGCGCGGAAUGAGCAACGGCAGGCGCAGCGGGCGCAGCAGCAGGCCGAGCAGACCGUGCAGACCAGCGGGGAGCAGCCCCAGGAUAAGGAGGCAGAGACCGAGAAGGAUCAGAAUGCCCAAGGCGAGCAGGUCUGA